AUGGAGUGCGAAUUUUUAUUAAAUAUAGAUAAUAAAGAAAUACUGAUAGAGAUUCUCAAUCAAUCUAUCGACUUCUUAAUUGGGAAUAAAGAUGAACAUGCCUUAAUGCGACAGAGCCAUAAGUACGGAUUUCACAACCCAGACGACUUCCUGCUUGCAACGCGUAAUAUGGCCAAAUAUUAUCGAAAAAUUUGCUGUUCUGGAAGCGGUGUUGUCGACCAUUCAAUGCUGCCUCCUGAUUUAAAAAAUAUUAUUACAUCAGUCUACGUAUCUCGAAGAGAAGAAUUGCUACGUUUUCUUAUACGAGAACAAAAUGCUUCCGUUUGUGAAUCAGUGGAAUCAUUUGAUUGGGAUGUUCGCCUUAUUUUGGGAGACAGCAACUUUGAAACCAAUUUAAGAUUAUUGACUAAUAUAACUUUUCGAUUAUGCAAUGGCUUAGCAAAUAAGAAUGUCAAAUGCAAUUAUUUACAAUUUCAGGUUAAUGAAGACAAAGUUGACGAACUCAUUAGUUCUAUAGAAUUAGCAUUAAGUAAUGACUAA